CACAUUAAGUGGACUGAUGGUGCACUUACUAUACACCCAAAUAUGCACAAGUGAAAAAUUAUUGUUAUUCGUGGAGAUUUCUUCGCACUUUGUCUUCGUUAUAGUCCGUUUGGCUCUGAAGAGUUACCAUUAUAUUACGAGAUUACAGAAGAUUGCAAUAUUUUAAAAACCAUUUGCAUUUAAUUCACCAUGCACAAGAACCAGCAACAAUCAUAUUUACUUUGGACAAUUUCUACAGAUUCCUUCCCCACAAUUUACCUUCGCGCUUCUCACUACGUUUACUUAGCCGCAGAUCUGAGGCCUUCCUCAGCCUAUCGCAUUAUUAAGAGUUUGCGUUUUGCGCCACAAGAGGGCACCAUGUGACAGCGUACUUGUUGAGAUUUGAGAAGCUGUAGCAGAUUGUUGUUUGGCAAUGUUGCUCAUUGUAUGUGAAUUUUCGGGCAUUCUGACAGGAAUAUAUACUGGAAGAAGGGUUAUAUGUAGGAUGUAACCUGGCAGGGAGCAUAAGUGUGUCUACCCGACCAGCAUGUCGCUGUUCAAGGUGCGAGAUUGGUGGUCGACGACGGCGGGAGGGGAAGAAGAGUUCGACCAGGGCUGCAUGUGUAUAGCAAACAUCGACAACGAUCAGCAUGUAUCAGACAAGAUCAUCACGGGAAGUUUCGCGGGCAUCCUGCGCAUAUAUAGUCCAAAACCUGAGUGGAGAGAGGGUGGCACGAGUGGAGCAAUGCCGGAUGACCUGCUCAUCGAGCAGCAGUUAGGCUCUCACAUCAUUCAGGUGUUGGCUGGAAAAUUUGUCAGUGUGAAUGAAAAAUCCCACUUGGCAGUGCUUCAAUCAAGGAAAGUGUCCGUGUAUGAAAUCAUAGUGACAGAGGGAGCCGUGGAACAUGGUAACCAAUACCAGUUGAAGCUGAUUUAUGAGCAUUCAUUGCAAAGAACUGCAUUCUGCAUGUGUCGUGGUCCAUUUGGAGGUGUAUCAGGCAAAGACUUCCUGUAUCAGAAUCUCGCUAUAGCGACAGAUGCGCCAAAAGAAGAAUCUCAAAAGAUUUCGUCAGGGAAACGAGUUUCAGCAACCUGGUCUUUCAAUUUGGGCCAAGCUGCAAUUGAGAUGCACGUGAUAACUUUUCCGUCCACUCCACCAUCUAUCUUAGUAUUGGGUGAGAGAAACAUAUUUUGUCUAUCCGAUGUUGGAAAGCUGAGAUUCAUGCAUAAGUUAAAUUACAAUCCUAGCUGUAUGGUGCCGUAUAGGACAUCAUCAGAAGGGAAGGUGAAUUACCUGGUGGCAUCGCAUACGAAAACGCUGAUGGUGUAUGAAGAUACGAAGCUGAGAUGGGCCUCUCAGAUGAACACUGUGCCGGUAGUCAUCCGUACAGCUUCAUUUCAUCGUCUGCGUGGCGGUAUUGUCGCUCUGGACGAGAGAGGGCAGCUACAGAUUUGCUACCUGGGCACGGAUCCGUCGCUGUUCGUUGCCCCGGCAACAGAAUCGCGCGACAUCAACUAUGAACAGCAGGAUGUGGAGAUGAGGAGUCUGCAGAAGGUCAUCCGAGCCUCUACGAAGAGUACAGACUUCAUGGUUACCACUGGAGAAGACGACCUUGAGUUAGCUGCAUAUGUUUCUGAUGACCUUGACAGCGUAUCUCAGGCUCAAAAUAUUGAUAGCCAGGAUGGCGAGCCAAUACCGUCCAUUUCUGUCAAGAUCAGCAUCAAAUGCAAAUCACCAAUACAGAGUGUACUGCUCAGUAUACACGUGCUGCCACCUCUUGCAGUGACUAAGAGCUUAUUUAAAUUUUCAGCUGUUGUUGAGACCACAAUGAUUGUUGGUUUCUACCUCAGCCAACCUGGUGUGCCGGCAGAUCUAAAUGCAAAGGCUGUCGCGACAUACAACACUACCAGUGGUGCGCCGCGCGUGGUCGUCCAAGACAUAACGCUGCCGCUCCAGCUGGUGAUGAAACCUGUUCCACCGUCGAGGACGGCGAUGUACAAGAUCACGCUGGACACGAACAAGGCCCCGGCGAAUCUGAACAGCAUCUUUCCUGACCUGUCGGGGGAGAACUCUGAUGGUUCAGGCCAGGCCAUUGGUCUCCAGGUCUAUGGCAACAACCAGGAGAAGCCUGUUGUCACGUUACUAGCUUCACGGAAUGCGCAGCGCUACAGAAUACAGUGCGACUCGUGGGAGUGCAUGUGGCUUCCAAUACGGGAUCUCAUGGAAAGACUACGUGCUUACUACAAACAGAUGCACAGCAAGCCCCCGAUCCAGAUAUGGUUCUCUGGCAACAUGCCCCUACAGGAGUACUUUGCUGUUGUUGAAGAUCAUUUUCAGGUACGUUUAGUGAGAGAGAGACAUAAACAGCUGCUCAGUGAGCGUGCAGCCCAAUUCCGAGCAAUUCAGCGCCGUCUGCUGGCCAGAUUCAAAGACACAACUCCGGCGCCACUCUCUAACCUGGACACACUGCUAGAGGGCACCUAUCACCAGAUUCUAGCACUGUCGGAGGCGUGCGAGGAAACGGAGAAGCAACUAGAACUGACUGCGCUGAACGUGGCCAGCGCGACCAAGUUGCUGUGCACGCUCAUCAAGUUGGCCCACAAGAUGUCGGACAAGGAGGCGGGGAUCCUCGAAGCGUGCCUAUCGUCCAACGUACACGACGAGCAGGGCUGGGAAGAGAGCACUGAUGCAGUAUUGACUCAUAUGCUGCGAACAUGCCUCUCCAAGUCAUAUAAAGAUCUUAGCCAGUUGGCAAUACCUCAACUAACCAUUCCUACAGACACAUCAAAGUUUCGGAAGCAUGUCACGCUACUAUGCGACAGGCUUGCCAAAGGUGGUCAUCUUAGAAUUGGAACAGAAGAUAGUGAGACAGUCGUGACGGCUAGUGAGGGAGAGGUGACAGACGAUGGCUCAUCACUGGAGGUGCCUGCAGGAAGCAAGUUUGGUGAAAGGAAAGCAGGAAAGAAGUUGGCAGGGGAACAAGAGUUUGGAGUGUCGCCUGAGCAGCUGCCACCAGUAGUAAAUAAAGGUAAAGCACUCACGUCCCUUUCACCACUACCAGAGGGAGGCACCACACUGUCCAAUGGCACUAACGGUACGGGGGCAGAAACCGAACUGACAGUUGAUGCUGAAUGAGAGAGUAGGUUGCAUUUAUAGUAGCAACCGGGUUACAGAAGGUAUUCGUUGAGUAUCUUAAUGCUCACUAAAAAUAUCCUCCCUUCUGAAAAAGCCGUGUUCCGUUUGGCUAUCCAGUACACUUGAAUUGUACAACUUUUGUAACCGUGAAAAAAUAUCAACUAGAUGAUCUAAUUUUGAUAAUGAGAUGGUGAAAUUGUGCAAAAACUUGUGCAAAAAAAUGAGCAAAUUGUCAGGAUAUGUUCAUGAAGCAGACCAAUUUGACGUAUUUGGCAAGGCAGAUUGUAUCGUGGUUUGCUGUUUGUGUGUCUUUUGCCUGAAUAAGUAUUACCCUAACUUCAAACGUGUAAAUUACGUUUCGGUCAUAAAAUUUAGAAUAACAUUCCAUAAACAAAUAAGUAAUUAAAAUUAUACAUACAUUUGUCGAUACUAAACUAGAUUCAUGGCGUAACUGUGUAAUAUUAGGUAGGUAGGGUUUAUUAAUUAUAAAUGAACAACAAUCAAUUAUACACAAUGCAAUAGAAACUACAAUCUGCUAUAUUUUAGUAUAAUAAAAAGAGAUUAUAUAAUGUAGCUAAUGUUGCAAUGUAACUGUAUUCGCGCACAUUUGAUAAUUUCCAUUGUGUUGUGCAUCACUUAUUGCAUUCGUUGUCUAUCGUAUAGCAGUGGCAAGUCACGCUCAUAGGGUCUAUGUCCCCCAGGGUACUGCCGGAACGUACCCUGGGUACGGUAGGCGUAGGCGACUCCUUA